AAUGGCAGUUAUUAUAAAAGAAGAAAUAGAUUUAGAAGAAUUUGAGAUAAAAGAAGAGUUAAUAUCCAAAAAUGAAGAAAUCCCUCCCCCCUCUACUGUAAAGGAUACAUGUACUGUUAAUCUACAUAAAGAUGUUAUUAAGAUUGAUAAAACAGAAAUACAAGAUGUAUUGAAUACUGUAAUACAGGAUACUGAAGAGAAUAAACCUGUAUUUGAUCCUUAUUUUCACACUGAGCUAAUCAUUAAACAUGAAAACGAGGAUAUAGGAGAAAACAUGCAUCAAGUAUUUGAACCACAGCCUAAGAAAAGUAAGAAAAAGAACAGCAAAGGGGAAUUUCCUUGUUUUGAUUGUGAGUAUGUUGCAACCAGAGCUUAUCAUCUGAAAACUCAUGUUGAAAGUAAACAUGAAGGAGUGAGAUAUCCUUGUUUGCAAUGUGAAUAUGCGGCAACUACAGCAGGUCAGUUGAAGAUUCACGUUGAAAGUAAACAUGAAGGAGUUAGAUAUCCCUGUGCUCAAUGUAAUUAUUUAUCAACUACAGCAAGUAACUUGAAGACGCAUGUUGCAAUUAAACAUGAAGGAGUGAGAUAUCCUUGUUUGCAAUGUGAUCAUGCUGCAACUACAGUAGGUGGUUUGAAGAGGCACGUUGAAAACAAACAUGAAGGAGUGAGAUAUCCUUGUUUGCAAUGUGAUUAUGCGGCAACUAAAGCAAGUGAUUUGAAGAGGCAUGUUGAAAAUAAACAUGCAGGGGUUAGGUAUCCUUGUCCUCACUGUGAUUAUUUUGCAACUAAAGCAAGUAACCUGAAGAUGCAUGUGGAAAUUAAACAUGAAGGAGUUAGAUAUCCUUGUCCUCAUUGUGUGUAUGUUGCAACUACAGCAAGAUCUUUGAAGACUCAUGUUGAAAGUAAACAUGAAGGAGUUAGAUAUCCUUGUCCUCAUUGUGAGUAUGUUGCAACUCAAGCAGCUCAUCUGAAGAAACAUUUUGAAAAUAAACACGAAAGAGUUAGAUAUCCUUGUCCUCAUUGUGUGUAUGUUGCAACUCUAGCAGCUAAUCUGAAGAGACAUGUUGAAAUUAACCAUGAAAGAGUUAGAUAUCCUUGUCCUCACUGUGAAUAUAUUGCAACUACAGCAAGUAACCUGAAAUCACAUGUUGAAAAUAAACACGAAGGAGUGAGAUAUUCUUGUUUGCAAUGUGAUUAUGCGGCAACUACAGCAGGGUCUUUGAAGAGGCAUGUUAGGAAUAAGCACGAAAGAGUUGGAUAUCCUUGUCCUCACUGUGAGUAUAUAACAACUACAGAAAGUAUCCUGAAAUCACAUGUUGAAAUUAAACAUGAAGGAGUGAGAUAUCCUGCAAUGUGAUUAUUUUGUAACUACAGCAGGUGAUUUGAAGAGGCACGUUGAAAGGAAACUUAAAGGAGUGAGAUAUCCUUGCGCUUAAUGUGAUUAUUUUGUAACUACAGCAAGUAACCUGAAGAAACAUGUUGGGAAUAAACACGUAUGAGUAAGAUAUCCUUAUCCUCAUUCUGAGUAUGUUGCAACUCAAGCAAGUAUUUUGAAGGUGCAUGUUAAAAGUAAACAUGAAGGAGUGAGAUAUCCAUGCCUUGAAUGUAAGUAUGCUGCAACUACAACAGGUGAUCUGAAGAGGCAUAUUAAGAAUAAACAUGAGCCUUAGAUAUCUAUCUCAUUUUAAGAUAGUUCGAAAUCAAAAUAGGUAAAUAUGGAGUGGAGUCACAAUUAUUGAUGUUUUUCAUAGUUUUGUAAAUUAAUUCAUUAAAUAUAUAUCUUUUUUAUUCUAUAUUCAUUAUUUUAAACAAGUCUUAGUGAACAAAAUCCAAUUUUUUAUUUAAAAAUUAAAUUUGUGGAAGAGAAAUAUUUGAUAAGUUUGAUUGUACUCCCUAGUAUUUUUGCCUUGGUUUUUUUAAUAAAGUUUAGCAAAAAGUUUUGUUGUAAUGUUCUCAAUUAUUUAUAAUCCAAAUCUUUGAAUUUUUUUUUGUCACAUAAAAAUAUCAUUGUUAAUCUGUUACUUUGUACAUUUUGUUUGGACGCUGAAUGUAUUUUUCAGAUAAAAUGGCAGAGAUUAUGAAAGAAGACUUAAACAUUGAAGAUUUUGAGACAAAAGAAGAGUUAAUUUCCAUCAAGGAAGAAAUCCUUCCCUCCUCUACUGUAGAGGAUACAUAUGCUGUUAAUCUACAUAAAGAUGAUGUAUUGAAUACUGGACUGCAGGAAACUGUAGAGAAUAAAUCUGUAUUUGAUCCUGAUUUUCACACUGAGCUAAUCAUUAAACACGAAAACGAACAUACAGAAAACAUGGAUGAAGUAUUUGAACCAGAGCCUAAGAAAAGUAAGAAAAAGAACAGCAAAGGGGAAUUUCAUUGUUCUGAUUGUGAGUAUGUUGCAACCAGAGCUUAUCAUCUGAAAACUCAUGUUGAAAGUAAACAUGAAGGAGUGAGAUAUCCUUGUUGGCAAUGUGAGUUUGCGGCAAUAACAGCAGGAUCUUUGAAGAUUCACGUUGAAAGUAAACAUGAAGGAGUGAGAUAUCCUUGUUUGCAAUGUAAUUAUGCUGCAACUACAGCAGGUCAUUUGAAGAGGCACGUUAAAAAUAAACAUGCAGGAGUUUGGUAUCUUUGUCCUCACUGUGAUUAUUUUACAACUACAGCAAGUAAACUGAAGAGGCAUGUUGAAAUUAAACAUGAAAAAGUUAGAUAUCCUUGUCCUAAUUGUGAGUAUGUUGCAACUCGAGUAGCUCAUCUAAAGAGACAUGUUUGGAAUAAACACGAAAGAGUUAGAUAGAUAUCCUUGCCCUCAUUGUGAUUAUUUUGCAAUUACAGCAAUCACCACGGAGUUAUCUGGCCUUUCUUUAAUCGGAAAAUGAUUCUGUUUUCCAAAAACAAUUUUUAUUUUUCAAAAAUCAACGAUUUUAAUUUGUUAAGUUUUGGUCAUGACAUAAAUUGAAGGUAGAUUCAUUAAUGUUAAAUCUUUUUGUAUAGUUUUUUACCUUUACCAUUUUUCGCUUUGUUUACGAAAGCUAAGAAAACAGAUCAUUUUUUGUAAUCCAACAUCAAAAGUUUUUUUCAUAUAGUUAUAUUAUUGAUACUCUGUUAAUUUGUAAAUAUUUCUAGUUUACUCAAAAUGUAUUUUUCAGAUAGAAUGGCAAAGAUCAUUGAAGAACAAUUAGAUCUCGCAGAGUUUGAGAUAAAAGAAGAAAUAGUUUCCAUCCGUGAAAAUAUCCUUCCAUCUUGUUCUGAAGAGGAAACAUUGUAAAACCUAUACCUAAAGCCCUAUUUAGGAAGUAACGAGGAGUGACGAACCCAGUGCUCACACAAACCUUGAACUACAACAGGAGCUGGAUCCACAUCUAAUCAUCAAUCCUCAUCUUCAAGCUGCAGAAGUUAUAAAGUACUUUCUAUUUAACUCUAUAUUUAGCCAUAUUUAACGAAUAUUUUACCUUAUUGAUUGAAAGCAUAUUUAGCCCAAUUUUAUUAUAUAACUGAAAGUUUUAUUUAAAAGAUUAAAGAAAAAGAUUUUAAACUUAUAUGUAUAA